AGAUCGGCGAUUCAGGGCACGACGGAACGCCGGCAGGAUCAAGCAGAGCCUGAGCGAUCGCGUGCAGCCGUCCGCGAACUCGGAGAGGCCUAGGUUCAAGUUCGGUUUCAGGGAGAAGGCGAGGAAGCCCGGCGAGGAGAGCCUCGACACUGGCGACCCCAAGGCCCUCGCGGAGCAAGGACAAGCUCGCGCCAAGUUGCACAAGAGCGACUCGUUCCUGAAAAGAUUCGUCAGAAGCUCGAAGGACAAUAUAGCCGAAGGCUGCGAGAGGUUGGUGAGGAAUAUUCAAAAGAGCCCGCUGGUUCUGCGGAAAAAGUUCCUGCCUAACGACGAGCAGAGACCAGAGCCGCCGGUCCGCAGAAAGAAGUCGAAGAAGAAACCGCCGGAAGUCGACUGCGUGGGUAAAGAGUCUUUCAAAAGUUUCUAUCCCGACGAGUCCACCGACAUCCGCGUCUCCGUCGUCUGUCCCACCGCGGAGCUGAUCGAGGACGAUUUCUUGCUGGUGCACAAGGAACCCCAGGUCCAAGGGAACAAUCACGAGCCUCCACCUAGCCACGCUUCCUCCAACAGGAUCUCGGUGAUUCGCUCGAUCGACGACGAGGAUUCGUCUAAAAGCGUCUCGGUGGAGGACGUCGAGGAACUCAUUCGAACGGAGGACAAUCUGAGGCUGCUGGAGCAACGCGUGCUCGUUAGGAGACGCUUGGAAAAGUCUACGAAGCUUCUACAGGCUCUUCAACCUUGUCAGAGGAGGUCCUGGAGCGAGGAGAGCCUGUUCCACGCGAUCGAGCAGGUCCACCACAAGUUCCAGGUAGGCUUCCCGAUCUCGAAGAUCUCCAUAGACUCCGUGGCAGUUGACUGCUCGCCCAUCGCUCACAGGAGGUACGCGAGGUCCGCGUGCAACCAGCGGAGACCCGCCUGGGAGCAGUCAAGGUCGCCGGAGUGGCGGAAGAAGGUAGAGUGGCGAUCGUGGAAAGCGAAACGGUCGCCUCCGCCGGACGACUGGCAAGUUCAGAGGUCGUCGAGGCUCGAGUGGAGCGGCGAUAACGGGGACGGGUCAGCCGAUAAGCUCGUCCCGGCAAGGAAGUCGCGAAUACGAGGCGACCAAGUGCACGCGCGACCCACGGCUACGUCGCACGUAAAAUGCAAACUCGCCAAUUUCGCGACCAGCGGUGGGGACGACGCGGCGGAGACGCGAGACCGCGAGCCUGCGGAAGAGCAAAGUAAACAGCGACUAGUCGCCAACAGGCUGGACGAGAACUCGAGCUACGGUCAGCCGACUGUUCGUCACCCCUCGACGCCCGUUCACGAGCCGUCCCACGGAUCACGUGUCUGUCCCGGUCUCCGUAUAGAGUCUACCUCGGUGAACGAUGCUCUCGGUGACUCGGAUCUCGUGACAAUCCGCGUGAACCUCGGCGAAUUGGAUCACGUCGACGACGACCACGAUGCUCGGCAACCUGGCCGUUCGUUGAUCGCCACUGAUCCAACUCCCGGGAAGACUCGGAGCAAGGGUCAAGCACGACCCCCGACGAAGAAGAAGAGGGUGAAGUCUAAAGAGUGCAAGGUCGUUCAGGGUUGGAACGAGGGAAAGAUGAGGUUCACCAUCAGGAUGAUAAGAAUCCGCGACAAACUGAUGCUCGGUCUGAGCGCGUUCGCGAUAUUGUUUACUAUUCUGUUGGUGAUGGACCUUCAGAUGGACUUGGGGUACAGCGGGCAUCAUUUGGUGCCUAGCCACGGUCGCGUGCGAGUCGGCGACGACCCCAACACCGACACUAUUUACAACAACUUUCGACGGAAGUUCUUGCAGAGACUGAACGCCAGCAAGGAGCAGAGCAGCGGGGACGUGUCGGGCACGACGCAGAACAGUGCCAAGGAGAGUGGUAGCGAGGCUAGAGACUCGAGGACCGAGAAGACCGAGGUGCACGACAGCUUCCCCGAUUUAGUGGAUAUCGUGGUGAAGAGUUACGGUGUUAGUGUGUACGAAGGAGUGGCUAGGAUCAGCGGCGAGGAUCACUCGUACAACCCCACGCUAGGCGAGCUGAAGAAAGUCAGCCCACGGAAGAACAGUUCGACCCUGGAGAAGUUCCAUCUGCAGAUAUCCAGGACCGAACUGUACCCGGAGAACUCCAAGUACGUGGACCAAUUGUUGCACGAAAUCGCCACGAAGCCUGUCGUCCAUGUCGUCCAGAAGGAGGGUGGCACACAGCUGAAGCUGCAGAUCAAUUUCUCCAACAUGCAGGCGCUCUUCAAGCCCAUGAGGUUUCCACGGGAACAGCAAACUCUGCCGAAUCACUUCUACUUCACCGACUUCGAGAGGCACACAGCCGAGAUCGCUGCGUUUCAUCUAGACAGGCUGCUGGGAUUCCGGAGGGCGAUGCCAGUCACUGGCAGAACGUUGAACCUAACGACAGAGAUUUAUCAGAUCGCCGACGGCGAGCUGCUGAAGACGUUCUUCGUCAGCCCCGCCGGUAAUAUCUGCUUCCACGGCAAGUGCAGUUAUUACUGCGAUACGGCGCACGCGAUUUGCGGAAAUCCGGACACCCUUGAAGGGAGCUUCGCCGCGUUCUUGCCGGAUAAAUCUUUCGUCGCGAGGAAGGCCUGGCGACACCCCUGGCGCAGGAGUUAUCACAAGAGGAAGAAAGCUCAGUGGGAGCACGAUUCCGAUUACUGUUCCCUCGUGAAGGAAAUUCCACCCUACCACGAGGGCCGAAGAUUGCUCGAUCUGAUGGACAUGGCCGUCCUGGACUUCCUUAUGGGGAACAUGGACAGGCACCAUUACGAGACGUUCAAGAUUUUCGGCAACAACACGUUCCCCCUGCACUUGGACCACGGCAGGGGGUUCGGCAGGCCCUUCCACGACGAGAUCUCCAUCCUCGCACCCAUUUUGCAGUGCUGCAUGAUCAGACAGAACACCCUCAGCACGCUUCUAAAAUUUCACAACGGACCAGUACCCCUGAGCUCGACGUUACGGAGAAGCAUGGCGAAGGACCCUGUGGCGCCGGUUCUAUGGGAACCUCAUCUGACAGCCCUCGACAGGAGGGUGCGCGUGAUACUUCAAGCGAUCAGAGACUGCGUGAAUCGCGAGGACUCGAGUCAAGUCGUCCACGAGAAGCCGGAAGACGCCGCAUCCUAGCCGUUUCCUGGACUCGUGAUGAAACAAGCGUCCUGAUUACACGGAGAUAAAGAACCGAGACUCUAACUCUAUUGGGUGUAGUUUAUUGUAAAAAGCAUAUGUAAAAACGCGCGUGUAAAAAUGACCAGCGAUGAACGUUCGAAUAUCGACAGGAGCGUAGAUGGUGAUACGCUUUGUGGGAGAUACCUCUCGUUAAGUGAAUUUCUUUUUUUUUUUUCUUUGUCGUUUGGGAUAUCGUUAAUCGUUGUUUGGAGGAUGAAAGUUAAUCGACGAACACCGAGCUUCGAUCCGUUUUAUUAAAUUUUUACGAAAUCGUUACUCGUCUCCCCGCGCAGGAUAACGUUAUCCUCGUCUUGUAUUCCCCCCUUCUUUGCCUUUUAUUUCGAUGAAACUUGUACAAAGAGACUGUACAUAGUGUAUGUAUGAUGAGUAACUCACGAGAACGGUUUUAAGACGAGAAAUGCGUGGAAUGCCCUGCUUUCUGUGUACAUAAGAUUAAAAACUAAAUCGAUAUCGCUUUUCAGGGCCGGAAUAUUUGCGAGACCGCGUUUCAUCGUUGAAAACGACAAAGCGUGCUGUAUCAUCGGCCAACAUUCUUUAGGCAGGAUCCAUAGAUCGUUCCUCAACGAUGAAACUCGUCGAAAGUUCACGAUUUAUCGCAGAGUUUAUCGUUUCCCUGGCGAGACGAGCGAUUUUCUCAGCCACAGUUCCUCGCGAUAACACGAAAUACACUUACUGCUCGACGAUCUAGCGUCGGACUUUUUUACGAGAAUCCAGUUUUCACCUGCGGAGAAAAGUUGCGUGCAAGGUCGAGUGUGUUCACCGUGACAAACGCUGCGCGUGUGUGUCCGUGGCGGGCGUCUUUUUUAAAGUGUGCUUUUCAUACGCAUGUACCUCUGUGAACGUUUCCAAAGUGCACCUGUACUCGUAAGUGUUUAUUUUUUUUCUCCUUUUUGAGCAAUGAGGAAAAGAAAAGAAAGCUCUGUUGAACAAUGCUCGAUGUAUUUUUCAUUGGAACGAAUUUAGGUGCGAAGAACCAGCGCGAUACAUCCCUUUUCCUCGAUACUUCCAUCUCUAUGCUGGUCCUGUCACGAUGAUCCUCGCUGCGAGCGUGGAUCCACGACGUCCUGAUCCUCGAAUGGAGAACCCCGUUACCCUGCUCGGCCAACUUUAUUUCUCUUGCAACCACUUGCCCCGGACAAAGUGAGGUUUAAUAAUAUUACCGAUCAAACUAUGACUUCCCUGCCGCACCCUCCAUCGCACCGCA